AUGUGCAGUGAGGGCUUCAACAAUUUUGGAUACGAGUGCAAGUUGGCGACUACAUGUUAUUACAUCGGAGAUGCUUAUUUUCUCUUGGGAGAUUGCAAACAAGCCCUUCAGUACCUCUUGAGGGCUAAGGAAAUUGGAGAGCAGUUUGAUGACAAUCAUCUGAAGCAACUGAUCUACUCAAAAUUAAGUAGUACCUAUGUACUUUUGUCCGAAGGUCAACUUGCUAACAAAUUUAGCAGAGAAGCCGUCAAAACCAGGAUUCGCAUCAAAGAGGAGAAGACUUGCACGUGCAGUAAGGAAGUUUCUGUCACAUCCCAUGAGCAGCUUCAUGAACUGUGGAGUACGUGCCUAUAA